AUGGAGUAUCAACAUGCUUCAGAGAUGAAUGUAAGCGUUGACAAGUACCUGAAAAUAUGCAAACAUAAUGGUUUGUGUAGAGAAGAGAAGGACUCCAAGGAUGCUAUAGAUUCAAACAAGCUGUCUCACAUUGAGAAGGCUUAUACUACCAUACUGAGUGAGCUUGGAGAGGACGUCGACCGGGACGGACUUCUUCGUACACCACUACGUGCAGCCAAAGCAAUGCAGUUCCUCACCAAAGGCUACAAAGAAACAACUCAAGAUAUCUUGAAUGAUGCAAUCUUUGAUGAAAACCACGACGAGAUGGUAAUUGUCAAGGAUAUCGAGAUGUUUUCUCUCUGUGAACAUCACCUGGUGCCCUUCUUUGGCAAGGCUCAUAUAGCAUACCUGCCAAACAAGAAAGUGGUUGGCCUCAGUAAGCUUGCUAGAAUUGUUGAGAUCUACAGCAGGAGGCUUCAAGUUCAGGAGCGUCUAACCAAACAGAUUGCUUCAGCCAUCUCUGAGGCGUUGGAGCCAGCUGGAGUAGCAGUGGUGAUAGAGGCUGUCCACAUGUGCAUGGUGAUGAGAGGUGUGCAGAAGAUUAACGCCAGCACUGUUACAAGUGUCAUGCUGGGAACAUUUCAUGAUAAUCCCACCACCAGGAAGGAGUUCCUUUCUCUUACAAUGAGGAAGUGA